AUGUCCGAGAGUGACAAAGAGGCAUUCCUCGCAUCUUUCUCUGCCGAAGAUGACAAGGCGAUUAUGCGGAAGGUGGAUAGGAGGUUCUUGCUGCUUAUUGGAUUGAUGUAUCUAAUCAAAAAUGUCGACUAUGCGAAUGCGGCUUCGGUUAAAGUCCUACAGGUCAAGCAGCCAUCCAACAUUAUGAAGGAGCUGCACAUGACUUCCGACCAGUACAAUUGGGUCCAAUCGAUUUACUUUAUCGCCUACAUCGUCUUCGAAGUACCAAGUAAUCUGUUGCUAAAGAAAGUCACACCCCGCAAUUGGCAAACUCGCAUCAUGCUCUCCUGGGGAAUCGUUCUAGCAUGCCACGCAGCCGUCAAAAACAAGGAAGGUCUUUAUGCUGCCCGCUUUAUCCUUGGCAUGAUGGAGGCAGGUAUGUUCCCUGGACUCGCCGCUCAGCUAUGCAGUUGGUACCGCAGCGACGAAAUGGGAAAGCCAAUCAUGUGGAUGUUUGGCUUCCAGAACACCUCCGGUAUUGUCGGCUCUCUACUUGCCUACGGCAUAUCCUACCUGAACGGGAAAGGUGGCUUGAGUGCUUGGCGAUGGGUCUACCUCAUCGAAGGCAUCUUCACAAUCUUUUUCUCCGCAGUGGUCUUCCUCGUGCUCCCCGACUACCCCAAAUCUCCCCGCUCCCGCUCCUGGCUCACCCCCAGAGAGCAACAAUACCUCGAGCUCCGCCUCUCCGAAAAUGCGCCCCUUACUCACGACUCUGCGUUCUCCAAAUCCGAAAUCUGGGCCUCCCUGACCGACCCGCGCACCUACUCCUUCAUGCUCUCCCAGAUCCUCCUCAACCUCGGCGGCUACGGCCUCAGCUGGCAGCUCCCCGUCAUCACCACCAACCUCGGCUUCGCCGGACUGCCGCGCAACCAGCUCCUUAACAUCCCACCCGCAGGCGCGACCGUGCUCUCCAUCAUCGCCGCGGGCUGGUUCAUGAAACGUGCGUGGAUUACCCGCCCCGCGUUCAUCAUGUUCAUCAUGGCCGGCGCGACGACCUUCUUCAUCGUCCUCGCGACCGUCCGCACGCCCGGCGUCGUCUAUGCCGCCUGCGUGCUGGGCACGAUGUUCUACUCCGUGUACUUCAUCCCGUUCUGGGCGUGGCGGUCAUCCACACUGAAAGGGACGACCGGCACCGCGUUCACGCUGGCCUUCCAGUCCUGCGUCGGGCAGGUCGGGGGCGUGAUCGGGCCGCAGCUGUUCCAGGAGCGGUGGGCGCACAACGGGUACAGGGCCUCGUUUGCGAUCUGCGCGACGGCGAUUGGGGUGGGGUGGAUUGCGAACUGUUGGACGUGGUGGUUGACGCGGAACGUGGAGUGGGAUGUGAGGAGGAUUCGGAGGCUGAGGAUUAAGGCGGGGAGGGAGAAUAGGAUCUUUGCGGAAGAUGAUGUGAAGGUGUAUGAGGAGAGGAAGUUUUAUGGGGGGUUGACGAAGAGGGGGGAGGAGGAGGUUGUGUGAGUGGAAG